AUGUCCAGCAUUUCUCGCUCCUGUGCCGAAUAUGUUCUUCGUGAUCUUCCGUGUGAUGUCCCUGAAAGCGACGUCUCGACAGAGCUCGAGGGGAUCAAAUGCCGGCAUUUAUUCCAUGAAGAUGUUGGUGCUUCAUAUCAGGUGAUCUUGCCUAUUGUUAUCGACGACAUAGUGGAUUGCGGAGCUGCAAUGUCAGGCGUUGCUGGGUUUGGUAUGGCCUCUGAGCUCGCUGCAACCCUAGCGUCUCAGGCACUUCAGGAAAACGGACUCCCUCCUGGGCUUUUGCCACUUCAAGAGGUUGUGCAGAGCACGGACACGAGGACUGGGCCCUUUCAAGUGAAACUUAGUCACAGCGUGGAAAGAAAUAUUCACGGAAACCUUGUCCGCUAUUCUUCUGAAGUUCGAGGAACCAUCUGUCGCGGAAAAAUCACAAACCUCAAGGGAGUUCACGUGAGAAGUAUCAGAAGGAAUUCCUCGCUCCGCAUUUUAACUAGUGCCUCAGAAACGCUGCUGUUGGUUGCAAUACCCUAG